UCCUCUGCAAGAUCCAUAAGAAAAAGGAAUCAAGUCAGAGAGUGAGACACAAUCAAUCAGUUCAGGUGAGAAAAAUUCCAACUUAUACCAAACACAACAUUUCCCAUUUACCAUUUUCCCUUUCAAAGCUUUUUGCAUUUUGCUUUCAACCCAUUAUUACUUGGGUUGGUGGUUUGAAACCCAGUUAAAAAAAAUCGAGUCUUGUCGAUUACCCAUGUUGGGAGAAGAGAGUAGCAACGCCGACACCGGUGUUCACUGGAGAGCACAUUCCAGAUCAGUUUCUUGGACGGACCAGACUCCGGUGGUCCGGAAACCGCCGCGAUCCCUUCAGCCUCUUUGCAUCAGGAAAGACACGGUGAAGGAGUGGCCCAGCGCCGGCGGCGACGAUCUCGAGGUUUGGCUUCCGCCACCGACCCCAAGAGGGUCCACCAAAGGAUCAUCAAAUUUGGGUUCGGGUUCGGGUCAAGUUUUUCAGCUUAGGAGAGACAAGUUGGCUUUCUACGACAAGGAAUGUUCGAAAAUCGCGGAGCACGUGUACUUGGGAAGUGACACGGUGGCAAAGAACGAGGAGGUUUUGCGGCGACACGGGAUAACGCACGUGCUGAAUUGCGUGGGGUUCGUUUGCCCCGAGUAUUUCAAAAGCGACUUCGUCUACAAAACGCUAUGGCUGAGGGACAGUCCCUCGGAGGACAUCACAAGCAUUCUCUACGACGUUUUCGAUUACUUCGAGGAUGUCCGACAACAGGGUGGGCGCGUGCUCGUACACUGCUGCCAGGGCGUGUCACGCUCCACCUCGUUGGUCAUCGCGUAUCUCAUGUGGAGGGAGAACCAGAGCUUCGAGGACGCGUUUCACAUCGUCAAGAACGCGCGUGGCAUCAUCAAUCCGAACAUGGGUUUCGCUUGUCAGCUAUUGCAGUGUCAGAAGCGCGUGCACGCUACGCCCCCGAGUCCUAGUUCUGUGCUCAGAAUGUAUAGGAUGGCUCCUCACUCUCCCUACGACCCUCUUCACCUUGUUCCUAAGAUGGUCAACAACCCAUGCGCCCACGCGCUUGAUUCGCGUGGGGCGUUUAUUGUGCAUGUUUCUUGUACUUUAUAUGUGUGGGUUGGGAAGGAGUGUGGCACGGUGAUGUGUUGCAAGGCGCGUCAUGCAGCUGCUCAGGUUGUUCGAUAUGAGAGGGCGACUGGGGAGAUAGUUACCGUGGUUGAGGAUGAAGAGCCUGAGGAGUUUUGGGUUGCUCUUUCUCACAGGCAUGAAGAGAUGAAGAACGUUGAAACAAUGGAGGUUGAUGUAGGGAUUCAUCCCCGGAGAGUUGAGGAGUAUGAUUUGGACUUUGGAAUUUUUCACAAGGCACUUUCUGGUGGGGUUGUUCCACCCUUUUCAUUGUCCAAGGCUGGAUCAGAAAAUUGCCUCCCUUCUAAGGAAAAUGGGUGGGGGAGAUUAACUUGGAAGCUUACUGGAAGUACCAUGAAAGGGUUCACAUCCUCCAAUAUGAACAUUGUAGAGGAAAAUCACCACAUGAAUGUUGAUCCUUUGCCUUCAUCUUCUAAACCCUUUUACGAUGAAGAUGCGUCUGACUCAAAGAUUUGGCCUUUACUUCAAAAAGAAGGUGUAUCUUCAUCUCCAGAGGCAUUUUUGGCUAAUCAGACCUCGGUAAGGGAAGAGUCUAGUUUAGCGUUCAAAGGGUCUAAACCCUCCAUUGCGGAGCGCAGAGGGACUAACCUGCCACCUCGUACGGUGCUACUCUCGACCGGCAACAGUAAGGUCCGAGUAAGAUCUAAGUCAAUCUCAUUACCUGCCUUGGAUGAUACUUUGUUGAGUGAUGUUAGUUGCGAGCAAUUCGACCAUGAAAACAGUGCAAAAUAGUUAAUUUCAUAUGAUGAUAUCGUCAGUGCUGCUGCUGCUGUUGAGGAUGAUGACAAAGGUCAUUGUAAUGUGGUACUGUGUCAUGUAGGAUAGCUAGGUUGUUAUGCUUGAAGUAUAAACCUUAUAUAUGUGGAAAAGUUAACUUUAUUA